AUGGGAUUUGACGAGAUCCAGUCGAGCCAAAGCAAAGCUCAUACCUUUUCAAGGCAAGGUUUCGAGAUAGGGAACAGACAUGGAGUGCGAUUGGAAUUGGCGAUGGUGAUGUUAGAAUGGAUAACCGAUGAUAUCCGAUUUGAAGAUAAGGAAGCUGGUGUCUCGUCGAUCAACUAG